GGUCACUUGUAUCCAGCCCAACGCCCUCCGCGGAGCACGGCCCCUGCCGCCACCCUCGCGCCACAGGAGCCGAGAGGCAGAAGCGCCACGUCCCCACCGGAGAAGGAGCGAGGCCGUUCCCUGGGCAUCCUCGCAGCAUCAUGACUCUCCAGGCUGAUUUUGAUGGUGCUGCAGAAAAUGUAAAAAAACUAAAAACAAGACCAACUGAUGAAGAACUAAAGGAACUAUAUGGAUUCUACAAACAGGCUACUGUUGGAGAUAUUAAUAUCGAAUGUCCAGGAACGCUAGAUUUGAAAGGCAAAGCCAAAUGGGAGGCAUGGAACCUGAAAAAAGGUUUAUCAAAGGAGGAUGCCAUGAAUGCCUAUAUCUCUAAAGCAAAAGCAAUGGUAGAAAAAUAUGGGAUCUAGAAUACUCAAAAUAAUUCCCACUAAUAACUAACUCUUCAGUAGCUAAUGAACUAACUCUGUUGAGAAAAAUGCAAUACUAACUCCUUAUUGUGUAGUCUGACAGUAAAAUCUUUUAAACAUAAGCUGUUUGACUGUAAAGGGUAUUUACAUACAUACUCUAUUUUUAGAUUGUAUCUUACUCUAAAUAAAUUUGAACCUAAUAAAUUAA